CACAACUGAUGAUUGUGAUUGUUUUGAUUGCCUUAAUUGUUUUUAUUGUCUAAAAAUUUUACCUUUUUAAUUGUUGUUUAGUUUUCACAAUUCUUUCAUUUUAUUGUUGAUUAGUUGAUUUGUAUCAUGUUAGAUUUGUUUGGUUCGGUGUUUGGUCGUAGUCGUCGAUCAGGCCAAAGUUCAGGUUCAUCUAAAACCGAAGGCCUUGAUGAUGGUUCCAAUAAAGACUCAAGUAAUAAACCAAUUUAUCCAUCAAUCAGUGGUAACAAUCAAUUGGAUUCACCUUAUUUACCAAGGCCAACAACUGCAUCUACUCUUGAGAGGCAAUUGUCAUCUAAUUACUCCCCCAUUGAUGGUAUUCCGUUUGUAAUUAAUCCCAAUAUUCAAUCAACUAAUCAGUCCAAUUCCACCAGAAUCGCCCUGGAGACAUGUUUCGAGAAAAUCGAUCAAAUUGGAAUAUUUUUGGCCUCACCUUCUCAAUCAAAUUACAACAUGGAAACUGAGAAAUUAAUUCUUGAUCAAUACCGUUAAUCUCAAUAUCUUUCAAAUCACUUUGGCCUAAACACACAAUUAAACUCAUCAUCAUCUAAUCAUCUUCAUCCAAACUUUUAAUUACUUCAUCUAAUCAUCAAAAGGGCUUGAAUUUACCUAUGAAAAAGCCAAUAACUCCAUAUAAUUGUUGAUUGUUGAUUGUUACCUUUUCCAAUUGUAAUUAUUUAUAAUCUUAACCAUCAUUUUAUCACCAUUUUAAUUGUUAAUCACAUCAUCAUUGUACCGAGUAAAUAGUUAUUAAUAUUUCUCAAAUUAAAUCAAUGAUAAACUUACCAAAGUUAAGAUUAUGAUUAAAAACAAUCAA